AUGUCAGACACUGACCAACCGCCAACGAUUCGUUACAGGCGACCGUCCUCGACUUUAGAUACCGCAAAAGAAACUUCGCCGAGUUCGAGGAAGCGAAAGAUCGAAAAGCUCCCAGGCAGUCGCUCACGAUGGUCUCAAGCCUCAACUCUGGAGAAGGUUUUGUGGUUGGCCGUGGUACCUUUGAGGACACUGAUAUGUUGUUCUAACUUUACAAUCUUCUUCUUGACUUACUUUGGAUUUAUGAUUCCAGUUUUGUGGGCCAAGCCUUUAUGGCCAAGGUUCUACUGGUUCUAUGAGGGAAAACUGUACAUGUGGCUUCAAGCCUUCAUCGGAUAUUGGGGAUACACUGCUGAUUAUGAUGGUAAGGGGACUUUUGUAUAUCUUUGUAUUUUUUGUUAUGUCUUUAAAGGUUUCGACAGUUUGUACUGUACUACAGUCUAAAGAUUUUAGUACAGUACGAGCUUAUAAAAUGGUAGUUUCAAGUACUUCAAGAACGUAUAUACAUAGAUCCAAGUUUUAAAAACGACAAUUUUCAGUGUACGAAUACGGUGACGACAUUACCCAGUACUGUGAAUCCGACCGUCUUCUCGUCAUCUGUAACCACCAAUCGACAGCCGAUGUUCCUACCUUAUUCACGGUCCUACAGUCCAAGAGUGUAGCGACCAGAAAGACCGUGUGGUUGAUGGAUGUCAUGUUCAGAUGGACACCGUUUGGCAUUGUUGGCAGAAUGCAUGGUGAUUACUUUAUUCAGCAAGGAAAGGCGACGAGAGACAAUGAGAUUGGCAAGCUGAAGAAACAUUUGAGGAAAGUGUUUUGGGAAAGGGACCGCCGAUGGGUGAUCCUGUUCCCAGAAGGCGGAUUCUUGUACAAUCGCAAGGAGAGCAGUCAGAAGUAGGUGAUAUUGUAUAUAUAGUGGGUUCAAUAAGGGAUUUAGCAGUACGGUUGAGGGAGAAGAUAUUUUUGAAGUUUGGCAUGGUUUUUUGGAUAUUAUCAUUGUUUUUCCUCUACAAUAUGUGAUUAGUUUUACAGAGAAAGUUUGUAUUUUAUUACACAAAAGGUAACAUAAUAUUAUUUUAGAUAUGCCAAACAGCAUGGAUUCCCUCACCUAGAACACACUACGUUACCAAGAAUGGGCGCAGUAAAAGCCAUCUUAGAAGAAAUCGGUCCUCGACCGGUCGAUGGCUCCGAAUCCGACAUGCAUAAGAGUAAAUCAUCAUCAAAGCUUAAGCUCAUCAAAGACACUGUGGAUGCUCUAAGAGAAAAGAAGUACAUCAAGGACACGAGACCUCCAAUCAAAUACGUUCUUGAUGUCACUAUCGCCUACCCCAACUCUCAUGUUUUGUCGCUGGGAACUUUGUUGUUUGGCAAUAGGGAGAACUGCGACAUUGCUGUGAAUUACAAGAUAUACAAGGCAGAAGAAGUGCCAUUCCAAGACGAUGAGAAGUUGAGGGAUUGGAUGUACAAGGUAUAUCAGGAAAAGGAUGAACUUUUGGGUAAGAAUUACGUUAUAGUAGGUGUUAGAGGUAUAUAUUAGGUUGUUCAAAUAAUCUUGUGGUUUCUCUUGUAGUGAAACGUUGGAGUUGGAGGCACAUAAUUAUUUGGGCAACUUAAUAGUAGGUGUUACGUUUUUAGUUUUUUUUAUUUUUGGAGGUUAUAGGUUUAAAAUUGGCAAUUUUGUUAUUUCAGAACACUACUACAAAUACGGCACGUUUGUGGACGGCGAGCCAGGCCAAAGAGUCGUGUUUAGCUGGCGUCGCAUCAUAGGCCAAUAUGUGUUUUGGUUUGGCAGCUUCUUUGUUCAAUGGAAGGUGUACUCUUGUCUCAUUGGUGGUGUAUAUCGCUUCUUCUUCCCUCACUAA